AUGCUCGCUUCAUCCUCUUCCUCUCCUCUUUCCAAAAGGAACGAAAGGCCCUCCCGUUCGGGUACACCGACCAUUUCCCCUCCAGAUGAUCUUGAAGAGAUCUCGGAUGUACCGUGCUACACAUGCAGGCGGCGGCACGUUAAAUGUGAUCGUACGUUGCCAGCAUGCGCCAAAUGCGCCAAAAAGGGCGUACCAUGUCUUGGGUACCUGAAGCCGUUGAGAUGGGCCGAGGGUGUGGCUGUUAGAGGGAAGCUCAAAGGGAAGUCCCAACCGGUUGUGGACAGCCAGGUUGUGAGCAUCGUGCAGAAUACGAUGCAAUUUUCGUCCAACUCUGCGAUGCAAGAAGCAGCACAUUUUGGACUCCAUGCCACGGAUAAUUCUUUGACUGAUGUUGCAUCAACCGACGCUAAACUUUUGGAGUUGAUGACAUAUCAUAACAAAGAAAUGUGUUCCGAGACAGUCACGUUUGAGCAAACGAAAUUUAUCAACCGGGCAAUUGCACCUCUUUCAUUCGACCUUAUUCAGAAGCUCCCUAAAGACAUUGUGAAUUGCAUUCUUGGGAAUGCUGCCGUCCAUAUGGCCUCACGGCAGCCUGAAAACAUGCAAUUGGAAAGGCUUGCGCUAGAGACAAAGGUCAAUGUAUUCCAGAGCUUCAAUCGAUUAUUGCAGAGUCCACAAAAUCAGCAGCCUGAUGUCAUUAUCUGUUGCGGCAUAUUGAUCUAUGCCAUGGACCUAUUCGAGUUUGGGAUGAGUAGAUGGAUGGUGCAUUUUCUUGGUUCCGUGCAGGUCAUGGCUUCUUUUGGCGGUAUUGAAAAUCUCUGGACGUAUUAUCCGCAUUUACAACUUCCUUUGACGCACGUCGCGCACUUCGAAACGAUGUGGAUCAUCCUUUCGCAUCUUCCAAUCACGAAGACAAAGCAAGCAUCCCGAAAAUCUGUCGAGAUGCUGUGCGAAGCCCAGUUCGUAAAACGCAAAUUCUACAACCCUUGUCCAACUCCUCUCACGCUCGUUCUAUGGGACGUUGGGGCAUGCGCUUCACGGCUAUUAAGAAAUCGCACUUCAGCUAUGCCAGAAGACCUACACAAACGUGAACAAAUCCUCCUCGAUGUACUCGCAUUCCGGCCUGAGGAUGGGACAAAGGAUGUACAAGAAUCUUACUACAAGGACAUCCCUGUCACCGAGCAAAGACUCCGAUGCUGGGAUUUAAUCAGUACGGCAUGGAAAGGAGCUGUGACCAUCCUCGUGCUUCGAUAUUUGUUCUUUGGGAGACCCAACCUUACGCCGCAAUCACCUAUUCAGAGAUCACGAACGCCGCCGAUCGCAACCAGAGCAACCUCAUGGUUUACUUCUCGAGGAGACUCUGGCCUGUACCAACAUGGGAUGGAGACCCUCGGUCUUGGGGAUUUUCUGGAAGAUGGGGAGGGGAAUCUUCCAGAGAACCUGUCUGCUAACCUGAACAUCGACGACCCACUUUCCCGUGGACCUUCGCCAGUACCGUUUUCUGAGCCCCCGACAUCAAGCCUUUGGGGCAACCGCUACGAGAUUCACAAUGAAGCGUUUUCCGCCCUUUCGACAAGCUUUUUCUCCCUCUAUGAAAAUCUCGAUCCUGUAUACCUCCGCUACAUCACCCUCCCGCUACUCAUACUUGCACUUGUUAGUCGAGAUGGGAGUGCUGAGCGUACACUCUGUUUCUCAUACUUCAACAAGUUCAAGCAAUUCAUGGUGACCAACUACCCUCCCCGAGCUCCAGAUGCCAAUCCGUACUCUCGUGAGCGAGCGACCAGAUCGCCAAGCCCACAAGGAGGUGAACAGCUAGAAUUUGACGUCCCAUGGGACAAGCUAGAUGCUUACUCUGCGGCCGUCGAACAGGGAAGGCAGUCUGGAGGGUACAUGCAAGGGGACGGUGGGCUUACUGCCGGCGCACCGGAGUGGAACUGGUGGGAUAUGCUGAACACUUUGAAAAUGGACCUCGUGUGGCCAUGCACAUCUGGAACUUCACAUCUCGAGCGCGGAACCGAAUUCUGGGCUUUCAAACUCAUCUCUUCAGUCGUCAAUGAUGAGUGCUUCUCGAAUUGGACUGGCGACCUGACCACUUCGCAAGGACCGCCCUCUUCGUAG